GCAGUGGCAUCCAUCUUCCUAGCCAUCUUCUGGUCACAGGUGGCCACUGUGUCAGGGGAAGUGAGAUCAGUACCAUAUCUGCUGCUCACGUUUGUUUUGGCUUUUGUUUGCUGUACGUCCAAUGUCACCUUCUUGCCCUUCAUGUUCUGCUACCCCCUUCAAUACAUACGCACAUUCUUCGUUGGCCAGGGGCUCAGUGUCCUGUUCCCCUGUGUUGUGGCUUUGGGGCAGGGUGUGGGGAAAUUGGAGUGCAAAAAGGAGAUGGCACGGUACUACCUGGAAGAAAACGUCCCUGCCCAGGACAUCUUUUGGUUCCUGUUUGUAAUGCUGACAAUCUCAGCCCUCUGCUUCGUGGCUUUGACGUGUAGAGAAAUAACAGAGCCAGCAUCACAGGAAGACACCCCAGAGCCUGAGACAGCCACAACAAAGGAUAAUGGGGAGGAGAACCACCCGCUCCAGAACCAGUGUCUGAGGAUUAAGUGGAGUUGGAGAAAGCAGCCCCGGUCCAAACCUUCUGGACGCCACGCAACAUCUACCUGCUGGUGCUACUAGGUGUGUCCAACUCCCUGACCAACGGAGUCCUGCUGUCUGUCCAGAGCUUCUCCUGUCUGCCACACGGCACCAUGACCUAUCACCUCUCUGUGGUCCUCGGCAACAUUGCAAACCCACUGGCCUGCUUUGUGGCCAUGUUUGUCCUCUGCAGGUGAGUGAAUGUGACUGAGUUACACUGCAUACUUACUGUGUUGCACCCUCAUGUAUAGUAAUUGAUUGAUAUUGAUAGAAAUAUUCAGUGAUGUAUAAAUAUUUUAUAAUGUAAAUAUGGACAGACUGUAGGCCUAGAUAUGAUUUGGAAUAAUCGUACAUGGUUUAUUUAUGUUGAAUCAGGUGAUCUUUCUGGUUGUGUUUUUUUUAAUCUGUUGCAGGUUGUCUGUGGGUCUUGGUUUCAUGUCUAUAGCAGGUGGGGUCUUUGUAGCCUACCUCAUGGCUCUUGCAGCUAUCAGCAAAUGA